CUUAUCUGACACCGGCGAUAGAUCGGGGUCGGAAAGAAGCCAAAAAAGUAUACGUGAAGUGAUGUUGUGGAUAUGUAGGUUGUUUUUGAACUUUUAAUAUGCUGAUAUGUUGGAUUAUGUACAAAGUGGGUCUUAGUUUGGGCUUAAUUUAAUUUCUCACCUGGUCGUUUGAUCAGGUGUGCAAGAUCGUUUUCGAAAACGUAAACAAACAUGGCUUCGAAGUGUCGCAAGUUCGAACCCAACAUAUUUAACAAACUGAAAUGUCAGGCUUGUUUUGGUGCAAAGGAUGCGCAUUCUGCAGAAGCUUUACAUAACAACAAGGCAUCCCGGAAAGUUUCUAAGUGUGGUUUCCUGUUUGUGGCACCAGAUUUUGACUUCAGCAAUCCAUUGGAAAAAACCAAGAGGUGGCAGAGGAGGUUCAUGCGUUUGUUUGAUGAUGGAGAACUUACGUAUUGUGUUGAUGAGGAUCCUGAAACAAUUCCACAAGGGAUCAUUGAUAUGAACAAAUGUUCAGCGGUUAAUGAUGCUGAGAGUGUAACGUCCCAUCCCUUCUCUCUGGAAAUCGUGACGCCAAACAAAAAAUACUACAUUAAAGGCCAGUCUAAAGAGGAAUAUCAGUGGUGGCACGAUGUCCUACAAGUCUUCCCUGGCCGUCUAACCAAAACCAAAAACCGGAGAUUUACCAUGCCUAUAUUUAGUAACAAGGAAAAUGUCCAGCCUGCAUCAGCUAGAUUACCCAGUGCAAGUAGCAUCACAGAGCCAGAGACCAUUGUAAAUGGAAGAUUUAAUGUGGAAAAAGUCAAAUCCAAGGAACAACAAUUCUCCACAUACAGAGGUGUCCGAAACAUGAAACACAAGACAGACAAACAUUAUCAAGAGGGGCUUAGAAAAAGUAGCAGUUUACAUGAUCUGUCUUCUGCUGAGAUGGAAAAAGAUGUUCCAAGGGACUUGGCAGAGACUCGAUACUUGAGUCGCUCAGGUGAUCGUCUGGAUAGUGUAAGUGGCUCUAGUGAAGCAUACAAGUCGAAUGUUGCACGAGUCUUGUCCGAUUCUAAUUAUAUCAAUAAUCCUUACUUUACAAUACCUCGGCGAACAUGGCAAACCUUGGCUGCUAAUUAUCACCCUGCAUCAUCCUCUGUUUCCCAUGCUUCUGUGUCUACUGCUGCAUCUUCAAAUUCUUCCCCUCCCCAGCAUUCCCAAGUGACUGGUAUUCCAGCCCUGAGACGGGGGUCCUUGGAUGACAAGACUAUCCCUGUUAGUAACAAGCCAAAGAAUGCUAGUGAGAGGGCCCGACUACACAGGGAGAGGUCAACAAGUCUGAAAGAUUUCUCCACCCAGUUGUCUUUGGCCAAACAGGAAGGGAGCAGUAGAACCUCUCUGUCAGGACUGGACAGGAUGGCAUCACGAAGCGACGCUCAGUCUGUGGGCAGACAAGGUGGUCAACCUGAAUAUGAAUCGCGCAAUAACGAGACAGAUGAACACAAGAUGGCCAAAUCGUCAGAGCUUCAGGCUGCAAACAGAACGCAGUCCUCUCCAGUGAUUAGUGGAACCCCCAGUCAGUCCUCACGAUACGAGGAUUUGAUGUACAUGAAAAAAGGCUGGCUUAUCAAACAAGGGUCUUCUGAAAAGGACUGGAAAAAGCACUGGUUUGUGUUGACGGGUAACUCCUUGCGAUAUUACAAGGAUGCAAAGGCAGAAGAAACCAACACUCUAGAUGGCAAAAUAGACCUAUCUGGAUGUUAUGAUAUCUCCGAGGUUAACGUCGGCAGAAAUUACGGAUUCAGGAUAAAGGGCAUUGGUCCAUCAACAAGUAAUGGAGAGUAUGUCCUCUCUGCUAUGACAUCAGGGAUCCGUAAUAACUGGAUGAAAGCAAUACGACUUGUUAUGGAUUUGCAACAGAGUGGUGGAUCAAAAAAUAGCUCAGGAGAGAGUGAACAUAGCUCAGGAGAGGACCUAGAAAUUAACUUAUCAAGUAGUGGACGUUUGAGUUUGUCUCCAGACAGUCGCAGUAGCACAGAGAGUCCAAGUCCAAUGAAAAAGGAACCCACUAUUAAGAAUGUGCGGCGCCACUAUUCAGAUGUGAACCCAGGGAAUGUGGGCAAAAUGUUAUCUGUUAAGGAGGCUCUGCCAAAUCUGAACUUGGAAAGUAUUACACUGCCUUCUUCCUUAACAGCGGGUUCCUUGUCUUCCAGCAGAGAAAGUUCUGUAGAAAAAGAAGAGGGCAGGAUGAAACCAAUUAUAAUUACAGAAUCACCCUCUCCAGAAUCUGACUCUCUUUCUCUAAGUGCCAAUAGUUUACCAUUGCGAAGAUUUGUGGAAGGAAGUGACAUUUCUGCUGAAUCAACAGCUCCUACCUCAGAAAGUAGGUCACUAGGUAUAAGUAGUGAAAGUAAGAAAGAAGAAACAGAAAAACAAAGAAGAGCCAAGUCACCCAGUGCAAGGGUCAAGGACAAAUCACGAGUCAGAUCUCCAUGGUUACAUUCCCCACAAGAUACAGAUGAAGAGCUUCAUCAAGAAUCCACUUCUGAUAGGGUUGAUGGAUUAAAUUCAAGCUUGGGUAGUCUCCAUGACAACAGGUCAGGGGGUACAGAGGAGGCCUCAGGUGGCGCUCUGGUUGAGCUUUUGGAAACAGAGGUGGAUUCCUUGAAAGAUCGACUGGAUGAAAAACACAAGGAGCUGGUAAAAAUGCAGGAAUCAAAUCAGGAUUUAAAAUCUCGUCUGCAGACUGUUGUCAGAGAAAAGGAUAUAUCCCAGCCACAGCAUGAUCAGGGUAAUCUAAAUAUAGCAGACCAACAAGGCGAACCUAGCAAAACUGACAAUGCAGAGAGUAAAUUUAAGAGAAAAUUCUCAUUCAAUGUGACCACAAUGAGGAGGCAGGUGAAGGAGGCCAGAGACACUGUACAGAAGCAGAAGGCAGAAAUUGACAACCUUAGGACCAAAUUAAACAUGUCUGUCUCAAAACUCACGGGAACAGAAAAAGCCUUAUCCGAAGCAUUGAAAGACCUUAAACAAGAGAAGGACAAAUUCAUGAAAAUGUCCACUGACUGGAAUAAAAAAAUUCGGAAUCUGGAAGUUCAGCUGAAAGAUUCAAGUGUGAAAGUGGAAAGCCAGCAGGAAAUGAUUAAACUGAAGGACAGUGAAAUUAAACGCCUGCAGUCGGACUUAAAAACCAAUCUGCAGAAGAUUCGGGAGCAGGAGAGGGAGAUAUUAAAACUGAAAGCAUUGGAGUUGGAGUACAAGCAACUCAAAGGCAAAAUGGAUGAAGUGAACAGAAAGGUGACUGAACUAAAGAGUGAUUUAAAAGAUAGGGACCAAAAUAUGAAGAAACUUGAAAGGGAGUAUGAGCAACAGAUCAGUGAUAUGGAACAAGACUUUUCAAGGGAGAGGGAUGAUAUGGAACAGCACAUGGAGGAGAUGAAGAAGCAAUUUUUAGAAGCCCAGAGGCAAUUAGACAUCCCAGAGAAUAUUGCACAACUCAUGGCAGAAAAAGAUGAAAUCAUUGCCCAACUUGAAGAAAAAAUGAUUGAAAAUGAUAAAAAGUUUGGAGAAAUGAGUGAAGAAUUUCAAGCUGAGAUUGCAGACAAUGAGGAAUUCCAGUCUAGACUGGAUGAACUCCAGAAGAGCAAAGAUCUGGUGGAAAAGAAACUACAGGAAGUGGAGAGAUGUCAAAGAAAAGUCAAUCUGGAAAAAGAGAGGUUAGAAAAUGACAACAAAACUCUGAAGAAAAGUCUGGAGGAUCUUAAUAAGGAAAAUUCUGAAUUAAACUCAAAGCUAUCUUCAGAGAGACAAAUAUUGUCCACAUUGGAGAAGGAAAAGAGUAGCAUAGAAUCAAAGCUACAAAAAGGAUCAGUUUCUAGUGAUACUGAUGAAGGAAAAACUCAAAGACUUAUUGAAUAUAUUAUGGCAGCAGAUUCUGAAAUGAAAGAAGUUGUGGAAGUUGUGCUUCAGUCUAAAAGAGGGCUUGAAGAAUACAUUGGUGGAAAGAAGGGUGAAUCUCAGCUUUCAAUUCAGGAAUUGGCCAAGCUUGUGGCAGAUGUUGAAAAAAGGUGUAAGGGGGUACAGGAUAUUUUGAAUGAGUCACUAUCCUUUGCUUGUAAUGGAAGAACAAAGGAUAGUGAUCCCUCAGAAAUACAACAUAAAUAUGAACAAGUUUUAUCUGAAGUGACAAAAUUAACAGCUGAACUUGAAGAUGCUUAUGCACAUUGUGAAGAGACUGAAGUGAAAGAAAAGGAAAUGGAAGGAAAACUUAACAUUAUGACCACACAGUAUCAACAACAGAUUGACACAUUAAAUGCUAGAAUUGACCAGCUUUCAAACAAGUUUGGAGUUUUGAUCAAAGCGUCAACUAAAACAAGGAGUGGUGGAAGUAAAACCCCAGUGGAACUCUCUGAUGAGAUUGAAAAACAGCUAAAUGAGUUGGAAGAAAGAAUAAAUUAUGUGGAUGUUGUUCUCAAAAGUCGGGACAGUGUAGAUUCUGCCUCAGUGAAUGGGGACCUACAAAGUACGUCUGAGGAGGAAGAUUCUGAUGGUUUCCUUAGUUCUGAUGAAAAAGACUCUGAAGAUGAAGUGGAUGCCAGGGAAACCAGUGGAGCCUCAUCUACAGAUAACCAACUCAUCUUGAACAAACUGAAGGAAAUGAAAACACAGCUAGAGACCACAAACCACAGGAUCAAGGACAUCACUGGAGAUCUGACUGACCAGAACCUGAGUUCAGCAAAUGACUCGACAGGGGACAUGGAUGAAGAUCUGAGGAAGACUCUACAGAAGUGUGGAGAAAAGAUUGAUAGUCUCACACUGCGUCUGACGGAAAAAGUCAGGAUGGUUAACUCAGGAACAGAAAUCUUUGAUCCUUCCUCAGACAACACUCUAGCAUUUAAACAAUGUCUUAAACAUUUGAAGGAGAAACUACAAGACAUUAAUAACAAUAUUGCUGCUCGAGAGUCCUUAGAUGCCAAAGGCUUGAAAAUUGUUCACACUAAGCUUCUGCAUCUGUCUCAGUACAUAGGAGAGCUACAGAAGUUUGAGAGAAGUGACUUUAAAAUUUUAAGCAAAAUGUCUCGCCAUGAAGCCCGUGCAACAGCCAUGAUGGGGGAAAGGGAAAAGUUAUCUAAAAGAGGAAGAAUGUCUUUGGAGGAUAAAAUGAAUGUUUAUGCUGACAGACUCUCAGUGGAGGCAAUCAUUCUGGGUCAAAUGGCUUACAUGAUUCAGAGGCAUCAGAUGGGCUGUUUGAGUAGGGAUGUAUUAAUGAAAGAAAUUCAAGGAGUCAAUAGCAUUAUUCUAGAAAUGGAAAGGCGGAUUGACAACUCUACUCGGGACAUUAGCAACUUGGACCAGGAACGGACUCCAGAUUUAGUAUCUACUUAUGCUGAAAUGCUGGCAGAAAAGAUUGUAUUGGAAGGUCAGCUAGCUUCUAGUGUCAUGGCAGAGGAUCAUCAAAAUACAGAUGACAUAGCCAUAUUGUCAUCUUUAAACAUCACUGACAACCCAUCAAUCUUAGCAAUGGAGGUAUUCCUUAGGUCCCAAGUAGAUUCAAGUGUUCACCAGCAAUUAACUAAAUCUGUUAGGGAGAUGGAGGAACUAUCAGGUCACAUCAUCAGUAGGUCUCUCAUACAAGGGGAAAUUAGUUAUGCCCUGCAGAAGCUCAAGCAGAGAUUUAACACUCAUGUGGAGUCUGAAGAACUCUCAGAUCUCCUGCAGAGGGAAAGAAAAUUCUUGUGUGAACAACUUCAAGAUAGGUCCCAGAGUCUGUAUGCAUCUGUGGCAGACUACCAAGCUUUAGUUCUUUCAUGUUUAAACUGCCAUAUCAACCUCUCAUCUGGCCACAUCAGGGAUUCACUUAGUACCACAUUGGUAGCAAAAUUCCAUAAUCACAUAUCAAGUAUGCGAGAGCAGUUAGGUAAAGUGGAUAGCAUUGAGCAAGAGAGAAUCAAAAAUGUGAUAGUAACCUUAGAAGAGGACUGUAAAAUGGCAAAGAGUGAAUUAGAAAAAUGUGAUGGUAGUGUGAAUAGUGACAGUACAGAAUUGAAUCUUGUGCCUCCUGAAACCUUGCUGGUGGAAUGGACUGACAUUUUGAUUCUUCGUUCUGUUGUGAGGGGAACAAUUGCCCAUGUAAAUGCUUUAUACAGCUCAGGACACUUUCCUAAUAGUGACUCAUUUGGCAGAAAUCAUGAAUCUGACAUGAAUGAACUUUCCAUGCAUCUGGGAAAUAUGCUCGAAAAAGAAGCUGUUUCUAAACAAACUUUAGCUGCAGAGCUGAAGACCCAUUCAGCUGGAAAUUCAUCCAAAAUAGAAAGAGUGUUACAAUUAGUGGAUAUCAUUCCUGAUUUCUGUGCAUUUGAUCCAGAAAAUUUGAAUGAAUAUGCAAAGAAUUUGGUACGUGAGGCUAUGUACCAAUCUCAAGUAACCUACACCAACUAUAAAACCAGACUUCAGCAUGAGAAGGAAAUGAGAGACAUGAAGAUUAAAAUGGAGGCAGGACAAAAAGUAGAUCUACCAUCAGAAUCUAGCAGGGAGACUGAGAAUGACAUCAGGCAAUCCCUUUCUGUUUUUGAAGAAAUCCUAGAAACCAAGUUUGAGGAUGAAUGCGAAGUACUAAGCAUUCUGGAUAAGCAGAUGAAACAGUUCCAAAAUGUGGCAGCUGGUCUGCUUACAGGAGCAGAAGCCAAGCAGUUUGAACAAGAACUGAAUUCCUUUGCUGCAAGUCUGGAGCAUGAACUCUCUGUUGCACAAGAACGCCAUGAUAUCCACUUGGAUGUUCUACGACAGGAGAUCAGCACCAUCUGUCUCAGGCUGGAGAAAAUUACGGAAGAGCAUGACCAAGAGAAGAUAACUCUGUCCACAGAAUAUGAGGAGAGGAUCCAGACAUUGCAGGAUGAGUUGGACUGUAUUAGGAUAGACCAUGAGGAUGAGCUGGAACAGGUUAGACAGGACAUCCUCACAGCAGUCAGUGCUAUCAAGGCUAAUGAGGAGCAGUCUGAGGAACAGCUAGCUGACCAAGUCAAGGUUCUCAACAGGCAGCUCACCUCUCAGAAAGAAAACUUUGUGGCUGCUCUAGAACAACUCCAGAAGUCUCUGACGGUGACUGGAGCAAAUGAAGCCCUGUCUCAAAAACUAGAAGAGCAAAUAGAACAUCUUCAGUCCUCUGGCACUCUUCACCCAGAUCAGCUCCACAUAUGUCCUGUGUCCCCCAUACCUACCUCACCACCACCUAUCAGGGACAUUGAUGAACCACAGGAGGAAAACAAUACUGAAGAGUGCAGUGAAGCCAAAUGUGUUGCCAAUGCAUUGGACAAAUCAUCUCAUGAUUAUGAACUGGAGCUGCUGAAGAAGGAGAAAGAAGAAGCUUUGGCAGAGGAAGUGAAAACCACUAAAGCUGCUCUGGAUGCAAUGAGGAAAGCCUAUGAAGAGGAUCUUGAAGAGGAGAAGGAGAAGUACAGGGUGGCCCUAAAGACAAUGUUCACAGAUGACUUUGUGGAUGAAAUCAGAAGUCGUCAUGAAAAUGAAGCAACAAAGCUGCGAGAGGAGUUGGCUCAGGUUACGAUGCACUAUGACAGUCGCUGUGAGGACUACAAACUCCUCGAGGACAAACUUGAAUCAACCAAACGAGAAUAUGAUAGCCACAUCAACCAACUUAUCAAGAGUAAUGAGCAGCUGAAUAAUUUGGUCAAUGAAGAGAUAAACAAACUGAAGGACUUUAUUCAGAACAGAACAAUGGCCAGUGUUCCAGGCAAUGCUACCAUAGAGGAGGAAUUGUAUGAUGCUCAGAUUAUGGUCCGAGUGAAGGAUGCUGAAUUACAGAAACUCAGAUCUCAAGUGAAGAACUUGGAAAACAAUCUUGAAAGAACCACAGAGGAACAAAGACAGAGUAUGACCCAGUAUCUACAGAUGUACAAGAAGUACACAGAGUUACAGAACAAAAUCAAACAGGAUAUAUCUGCCAAAGAAAAGGAAGAUACCAAAGACAGGAACAGACAACUCCGCAGGACACCCUCCUUUCAUCAUAGAGCACGUAGUCCAAGUCCAACUCAGCAAAAUGCAUCAAAGAAAGACGAGCACCAAAGUCGUGACUCACACAAACGCAGAUGUCACCUUGAUGUUAAAGACUUGAAAAGAUCGAAGAGUAGUCCCUCCCUACCAUUUGUCUUUGAUGGUCGCCUUCCCAUGGGACAAGCCAAACACAGAGAAUCUGUUGGUGGAUCUAAGUACUCCAAAGCAAAAACCAAGGCCUCCAAUGUUUAACAUACAACAAACCACAAUAAAAUGAAACUAGUAUUUACUGGAUCACACAUCAAUUUAUCAACAGAAUAUUCAUGUUUAUCUGGAUUUUAACUAUAUUUGGAAUAUCUGCUUUGCAUGUUCAUUCCCCAGUUCAUAAUUUUUUGUUUUUCUCUUUAAAAAAACAACUGCUGGUCAGUUAAAUUUCUUUAUGGAACUGACAAAUUUGUGGCUACGCAUUCACAACAAUAACAAAAACUCUGCUAUCUCUGUAAACUGCUGACAUUUUUAAAAGAGUUUUUAUUAUGUUCUUGCCAUGUAUAUUUCAUUUGUUGUACAAAUUGUGAUACCAUUAAAGUGCACAUUGUAAGAGUGGAGUUUUGUAUGAUUCCAAACCAUAAAGUGCCACCUUUAUUUAUUGAACUGCAGUUAAAGGUUGUGAGUUUUAGUUCCCUUUUUGUUAAUGAUGAAUUUUUUUUUAAAAUUCAUAUCACUAGACCUUGUGAUGCUUUUAUAUACUUCUGUGAUGUUGAGGAAACAGUUUUAUGUAAAUGUUUUAAAACAGAGGUAGACUACAUUUAGGUUUUUUAUUGGGUUGUAGUGACAUUUGCUAAGCAGAUGGCCAGUGCUUUGAUAAUCAUAAUUAUAUUUUUUUUUACUUCUAUUUUUGUGUAUAAACUUCUUAUAUUUAUAUAUAUGUAUAAUGAUAAAUCUAUUGUUAACUUUUCCUUUUUGAUGUCUGGAAGAUUAUUCAAUGAAGACUAACUUUUUCUGAUUUAUAUGUGUUUCUGGGGUAUAUUUUUUCUUUGUGGUUAAUAUUUAUUUUAUUAGAUCAAACAAAGAUACAAAAGAUAAAAGGAAACAUUUACAGUUACAGUAGAUUUUAAGAUACAUGUACAUUUAUUGGAAAUAUUAUAUACCAAGAGUAUCAGAAUCGAAGUAUGAUAUUGUACAGUAUGUAUAACACCAGAAUAAAUUAUAUCAACUUGA